AUGGCGAUUUCAGAUCUUCCUAGGGAUUUGGUAGAGGAGGUGCUCUCUAGAGUUCCGGUGACAUCUCUGAGAACAGUGCGAUCUACUUGCAAAAAAUGGAACAUUAUAUCCAAAGACGAGAGCUUUACAAAGAAGCACGUUGGUCAAGCAAACGCAGCAGCAAGGGAAAGUGAGUUUCAGGUGGUAAUAAUGACGGAAUACAAAGUUUAUCUAAUGAGCGUCAAUCUCCAUGGCAUUCAAAACAAUGUUGAUCCAUCUAUAGAGUUUAAAUGUAAACUUAUCAGCCUAGAUGAUUCAGAUCGAAUAGUCGAUUUUCACCCAGUUUAUGAGACUGAAAUUUACAACUUUCACUCUGAUUCAUGGAAGAAUAUUGUUGAUUCCACUCCUGAAGGGGAUAUGCAAUAUUUUAAACAAGGCGUGUCUCUUAAGGGAAAUACUUACUGGUUUGCUAGAAAGUAUGUGAUCUAUGAAGGAGGACAAGAAGCAUGGGUUAGUUUCUUGAUUUGUUUUGAUUUUACAACAGAGAGAUUUGGACCGCGACUUACUCUGCCUUUUGACUAUUCUACAAAGGAGAGUGUGAGUCUCUUGAGUGCUAGAGAAGAGCAGCUUGUGCUGUUAUAUCACCCCUGGUUUACAAUGAUGAUGGAGAUAUGGGUUAGUAAUAAGAUUGAGCUCAAUGCGGUGUCAUGGAUAAAGUUCUUAGAGGUUAACAUGAUAACAUUCCCUCAUUAUCGGUUUAGUUUUCACCAUGUGAGUUUCUUCAUUGACAAGAAGAAUAAGGUUGUAGUGGUUUUGGAUAAAGACAAAGAGACGCGUUCUCGCAACUUAGGAUAUUUCAUUGGAGAUGAUGGAUAUUUCAAAGAAGUGGAACUGGGAGGAUCUAGAGACAGAAAUGGUUAUCCAUUUGUGUUCUCUUAUGUUCCAAGUUCAGUGCAAUUUUAG